AUGCCGGGCGUCGUCGAAACGCCGGCCGGCCCUGUCUGGCCCGGCCUGGGAUUUUCGGUCGCUCAUCAGAAGCUCGAACUAGAGAUCGACUUUGCCAGCAAGAGCCUCAAGGGCAAAACGGAGAUUACCAUCCAUCCUCACUACAAGGAUCUCAGGGUCAUCCGCCUGAACUUUCGGCAAGGCGAGCUCAAGCGCUUGAACGUCAGCGGGAAAGCUCCGACAACAAAAUACACGGAUCCUUACGGAUCCCUUCACCUCUAUGGCGUCCAAUAUCAUCAGCGGCUGUCGACGAAGGUCGACCCGCUGUUGAAGCCGCAGACAGAGCCCGAGUUGGUCGUGACGAUCCCGAAAAGCGUUCGCAUUGAGGAGCUCGACCCGUUCUCUAUCGAAGCCCAGGAUCAAAUGGCCUUGCGAGGGAUCGGCACGUCAGAUGACCCGGAUGCUCCGAGCUCGCGAACCGCCGAAUCGUCUCUUCCUCGCUUCACUGCGCUGACCGUCUACGCCGAGUUUACGGUCGAUAAUAUCCGAGAGGGACUACAUUUUGUGGGCGUGGAAAAUGGGGACAGGCGCUAUCCUCAUGUAUACACGACGAACUCUGUCGGCUUGGGUGCUGGGUGCUCACUGUUUCCCUGUGUCGACGAUCCGUCCUCAAGGUGCACAUGGGAAAUUUCCAUCAAAUGCCCUUGCUCGCUAGGUGACGUUUUUGAUCGGAAAGGGUCAGAAGCGUCGAAGGCAAAUGCUCUAGGCAAGCACAAGAUUAAUGGCGUGCGAACCUCUGCCUUAGCUGCAGAUGACGAUACAUUGGACAUGGUAGUUGCUUGCUCUGGUGAGAUGACAGAUGAGAUCGUUGACCCAAGAGAUCCGAGUAAGAAGACGGUUUCCUUCGCCUGCAAUUCGCAGCUCUCUGCGCAGCAGAUUGGCUUUGCUGUAGGACCCUUCGAAUACGUCAACCUUUCUGAGUUCCGGGAAAGCGAUCAAGACGAUCAACUCGGACAGAAUGCCGUUCCAGUGCAUGCAUUUUGUCUUCCGGGAAGGGCAGACGAUGUCAGAAAUGCCUGUUUCCCGAUGGCAAAGGCGGUUGACUUUUUCUCCUUGACCUAUGGAUCCUAUCCGUUUUCAACCUUCAAACUCUGUUUCGUUGACGAUGCGGCUUGUGAAACCACUCCUACGGCGUCUUUGUCAAUAUGCAGCAAUCACCUGCUCUUUCCCGAGGAUGUCAUUGAUCCCAUGUAUGAGUCGACGAGGACUUUGGUCCACUCCUUGGCGUGCCAAUGGGUCGGUGUGAACAUCAUCCCGAAGGAGCCUGCGGACACUUGGGUAACCGUCGGCAUAGCAUACUACAUUACUGAUACGUUUAUGAAGAAGCUCUGCGGAAACAACGAGUAUCGAUUUCGCUUGAAGCAGAUGUCGGACAAAGUGUGCGACCUGGAUUACGAAAGACCAUCCAUUUAUGACAUGGGGAACUAUCUUAAAUUGGAUCCGUCUGAGAUGGAGUUCAUUGCUUUGAAAGCUCCUCUUGUUCUCUUCAUUCUAGAACGGAGGCUCUCAAAAGCUAGUGGAAAAGCGACCAUAUCGCGAAUCAUCUCCCGCAUUCUGCUGAAUGCACGGAUGGGCGAUCUUCCAAACGGAGCAGUUACCACUGCGUUCUUCCAGCGAAUGUGCGAGAAAUUUGGUCACGCCAAGCUGGAUACCUUUUUCCAGCAAUGGGUUUACGGUGCCGGAUGUCCUCGAUUCACAGCCACGCAACGUUUCAAUAAGAAGAAGUUGGUGGUUGAGGUCAUGAUCAAGCAGGUGCAGGGAGAGCAGCAGGGACCUCGAGAUUUGGAGAAAUCCACCUUUAUGCGCGACGUUAAAGAAGAGAUCAGGAGCGUCUAUGCUGGCGCAAUACAACCUGUUUUUACAGGAUCGAUGACGAUCCGUAUUCACGAGGCGGAUGGCACUCCGUAUGAGCAUAUUGUCGAGAUCAAAGAAGGAGUUACCAAGAUCGACAUUCCGUACAAUACGAAGUAUAAGCGUCUGAAAAGAAAUAAGAGGCAGAAGGAGCGUGCUGCUGCCGCUGCCGGAGCUGACCCCAACGCGGAAACGCAGGAUGAUGUUCUCCUUUAUUGCCUUGGCGACGUGCUGCAGAGUGAAGAGGAGAUCCAAGAGUGGAGGCUAACGGAUUGGAGCAAAGAGGAAGAGGAACGCAUGGGACAAGAAUCCUAUGAAUGGAUUCGUAUGGACGCUGAUUUCGAAUGGAUUUGCAAGUUCUCUGUCGCGAUGCCGGGAUACAUGUAUCUCUCACAACUGCAGCAAGAUCGAGACGUUGUUGCGCAGUUGGAGUCCAUGCAAUAUAUGGCUGUUCAGAGAGGGCAUCCGCUCGUUUCGUCCAUAUUGGUCCGAACGCUUAUGGAUCGGCGAUAUUUUCAUGGGAUCCGCACUAUGGCUGCACGAGCCUUGGUCAGACAUGCCAAAGAGGAGAUCGGCUGGCUGGGACUUUAUCAUCUUGAGAGGGCGUUCCAGGAACUCUUCUGCCUCCCGGGAUCGCAUAUGACACGCUCCAAUGACUUCUCUGACCGAGCGUCAUAUAUCCUUCAGAAAGUUAUCCCUGAUGCUAUCUCCCAAGUGCGAGACAACAGUGGCAAGACACCAUUGAGAGUUAAGCGGUUUAUUUAUGAGAAGCUCAAGUUCAAUGACAAUUCAAACAAUGAGUAUUCCGAUAACUUUUACGUCGCCUCUCUGAUGAACUCUCUGUGUAACGCCUUGUUGGGGCGUGUCGAGUCUUCUUCUUCGAACGAUCUUGAAUUCGACAUGGAAAAGGAACUCGAACGCCAAGCGGAAGAACAGCUCGAGAAGGAUGCCAUCGCUGAGAUUGACAGGUACCGGCGAAUGGACGAGUGGUCCAGUUCGUUUCAAAACAUCUACUCGAGAACAGCGCUACGCUGUCAAUUACGACUCAUGCAAGCCAAGGUUAUCGACCUGGACGUGAUGCACUUCUUACAAUAUACAAGAUUCGGAACGUUUGACAUGCUGCGACUGGAAGCUUUCGAAUGUCUUGUGGAACUAGACAUUUUCAGCUCACCGGAACUCCUGAGAUGGUUCAUUUAUGUUAUGUCUGCUGAUCCCUCGCCCUGGAUGCGACACAGGCUUCAUCGGUUGUUUGGAAUAGCUCUUGCGACGGUGGCUUUUGGUGUUGAACAACCCCCCACGCCGCCUGCACCAAGCGACGGCUUGAUCAUCGAGCAGGAGUCAUCGACAGAAGUCCGUCGAGCGGAAUUGGCUCGCAAACAGACAGUUCCCGGGGCGAUUGAGGCUCUUAAGAAAGAGCUCUCAGGUAAUCCAGUCCUGAAGGAGUGUCUCUGGGCGGCGUGCAAUUCUCCUGUCAUUGGAGCACUCGAGAUUUCUGAUUUCGUUGACCUGUGUAAAGUUUUCUAUGACCCAAUCUUCUCGCUCAUGGUCACGCUGAAAUACCCUCGGUAUUGGAAAGCGCAACAUCUGGGUAACGGAAAAAUGCGCUUCUACAGGUCGGACCGUGUCCGCACCUCACUUGUCCCCUCCAAAGACGGUGCAGCUGCCGCGAAACGCAAGCGCGAGGAACAAGGCAUGCCUCCUCCAGGCCCGAGGAUCACUUUCAAGCAGUCCAAGAUGGGUCCUGGCGCGACACCCUCAACGCCACAGCCAGGUGCGCCAUCAUUGCCCAAGUUACACAUACCAAAUCACAUCGGUAUGCCACCGCCAGCUCCAGUAACGCCAGCGUCGACAUCCACACCUGCCACUCCCGGCGGCGGAUUAAAACUCAAGCUGAAAUUGGGUCAACAGCCACCAAAAUAG